AUGCAACUCACUACACCCCGCAUCCUCACAUUAUUCGCUCUCAUAUGGUGUGUAGCUGAAGCUUCUAGCAAACGCAUAGGCAAACUGACAGUAAAGGGAGCCUGGAAGACUCCAGGAAGAUUUCGAAAGGAUGCGGACGAGCUACGAAAGCGGGUUCUGUCGAACAAUAUGGUGAAAGCCAUUCUGAUUGGACGUGUGAGUGCCGAUCGACCCAACUCUCCUGAUGCCCUCUCGGUUCACGGUGUCGAUGAGGUCGACGAGUCGGGUCAUCCGGACAAGGGGGAGGAAGAUAUGGGCAGGUUGAAGGACAAGGAUGCGACGAAUAACAAUGAGGAAAGCAAUGAUAUCGGCUACGACAUUGAUGAUGACGAGGAAAUCAUCUUAGCGGACGAUCUGAUGGAAGAUCCCUUAUCUGCUUAUGUCUGA